AUGACGCGCAACAAGUCAAGGCAUUUUACAACGCUGGUGAUUUUCAUGGUUUACCUGAUCCUGCUACUCAUAUCCUGGGUGGCAGCCUGUGUCUACAGUUUGAGACCAUCACUUAGUACGAGCGACUACGAGGAUGCCCAGGGAAAGCUGUCCCCAGAAGCCUUGCAGUCGGUCACGACGUGGACGACAGCCAUAAGGGCCCUCAACACCGUGGUUGCCAUUUCCACCAUUCCUGUCGUCUCUGCUAUUCUAGCUCAUGCUGCUGUUGUCUACGCCCAGAGGCAGAACGAUUCCAACAAGCUCAGUCCCCGGCAGCUUCUCUCGCUGGCCGAUGAACCUUGGGCUAGACUCACAGCAAACCAUACCUCUGGCUUUGCUCUGCUUGGCCUGAUACUGGUGACCUACUGCGUCUUGUUCUCCUUUGUCAGAGCUGUAGCAAUAAAGCCCCAAGAGAUGAGGGUCAUUUCUUGCCUUGACGAUCCCGCUAGAAGAUACGACGGACCAGGGUGCGACUCAGGGAUACCAUCCACCUUUGUGACGCUGGGUUUCGACCCAACACCAACCUCUGUCGACCAGGUGCCUCGAGACCGAAUUGUAAAGAGACUUGCAGAUAAAUUGGUUACUGGGCAGAGCGCCACCGAACAGCCUUACCUGUGGUAUGACCUCACAGAGGGUCCAGGGAGCAAGCCCGAAAACUCUCAGCCCCAUACGCUAUCAAACUACCUGGAGCAUCCCAAUCGCGGGAAUAGCUAUUUCGUGUCUGCCCUCCCAUCAACCACAAACACCGGCGUGCUGCGCGAAUCAGCCAUGCGUCUCAAGUCCUCCGUUACAUGCGAUAUUAUCGGGUACAGAUCAUAUCCGACAGCGUGUAGCGGGACACAGGCCUUUGAGGGAGCCUUUCGAAGCGCGGGCGUCCAGGUCAAGUUUUGCGUCUUGCAAACGGCGAUGGCGUUGGAUCCGGGACGAGAUCGCCGGCAAAUCCGCGAAGAGCUCUUCCUGGACAGUACAAUCCCGAGCGAUAGUGAGAUAAGGAACAUGGCAGUCCGAGCCAACUAUACUGCCCGAUGCGUUGCCAAUAGUACAAGAGACUACUUUGAGCUGCCAAACUUGCGCAACGGAGGAGGACUGGCGGAGCCAUUGCAUACCACGGACGGUAUGGGAGAGAUACUGGAGCGGAAGAGCAAUGAUGUUCGUGAAGUCAGUGUUGGUGAUGAUGAGACCCCUAGUGAAAAUAACACUGACAAAACAAGGCCAGCCACCAAAGCAAGCACGCCUCCUCCCAUGCAACAAGCUCCAGGACCACUUGUGCUUGCGCUGCUCGCCGCUCUCGGCAACGACUCCUUCUUGGGACUAGCCAGCCGUGCUGAGGGUAUGGAUGAACGCAACGAUGCAGCUCGCUUGGCUGCGGCUGCGUCGAUAUGUGCACGAGGUCUUCCUUUGUCGUCCUUCACCAAGCAGAACAUCUCAGAUGCCUGCACCGGUCUGUAUGAUGCGGCUAUCGACCCCAACGGUGCAUCACCUCAGUUGAGAACUUCCCCAAGCUUCCGCCUCGACGUACUAGUCGCGUCCUGGUUCGCCGCCCUCAACCCCGGUGGGCCUCAAGGCAAAGCAAUGGCCGAAUCUGCCUUGGCCGCCGGACUAUUUUUCGCAAACGAGGCUCUGCUUACCGGAGCUGCAGAGCCAGCUACAAGCACGCCGGCAAUUCCCAAAAGACAAUCGGGUCCAGUAAACGAGGCUGCGCCACGGGCAAUACACUCUGCCAUGGGCACUUCGAUAAUAAAGCCCAGUGUCACCUCGGCUGCUAUCGGUAUCUUGUCAUUCUUUCUCGCUGUCGAGGCCGUUGUCUUGGCAGUCCUCAGCACCAUGGCCUGCUGCUCGCGCACCAUCGGGACCAGGUUCAAACCGGCAACCAUGUUGUUCGCGGGGGCGCAGCUGCGCGACGAGCUCAUUCCCCCGGACAAGGCCCGUUCCACUCACAAAGAAAAAGGUCUGGAUGACAAGGUGCAAGAGAAGAAGGUAAUUCCGGAGACUACCAAACCUUCCAAGGCGCACGUUGCGGGUGGCAACAGGGAAAAGCCCGAAAACAUGGCUGAGCAGCCGGAUCUGAAGAAAAUUCCGGCUGGCGGAAAAAAGGCGGUCCAUAUAAAAGAGCGUGGAUCAAAAGAUUCACUGGUUCGCAAAUACAAGAACGAGGACAGCUCUGGAACGCCAUCGAGAUCGUCGUCAAUUUCGAGCUGGGGUGAGGCCUGGAAAAGGCUCCCCAUGCCGCCGCACUUGGGACCAGUCUCGCAGGGCGCAGAAGAUCGGAUCCCAUGGUUCGAACCGGCGCCCAGAGGCUAUGCUAGUCCAGAACGUCAACAAUCAAGCCAGGCGCAGCAAACCUAUGGCGAAGGAGACUCUGUGCCUCCUCCGGUCGAGGAACUGCACCAUUUCAUGCCAACCUCACCUUGCACCAGGACUGUUUCUUUUGCCGAAGGCAAGCCGGAGACCAUAACCGUUCGAAGAGAGAGGUCACUGCAAAACCGGCCGCUUCCUGAGGCAGAAGUAGAGGCAGAGGCGCCCGAGCCGGAGCAGGGUGCGAACCAGACUAGACCCCAAGUGUCGGGACCAUACUCUGGGUUUUGCCUGUCGCCGACCUUUGGCGACAUGCCCAGCCCUACUUCUGAUCUUGCAUCUGCCAGGCCUCUUAGGGAGCUGAAUACGUCGCACCGUCGAGGGUCGACUGGGUAG